CUUCCAAAAGCACCAGAUCAUCGGAAUCCAUUAUCAACAGGUAUGUCAACACGCUAGAGUGCGCAUGAGCGACUCCAUCACCGUCAAGGCGGCCGGUUUCCAUGGCGCGAAUCAAUGUACAAACAAAUCGUAGCGAAAACUUCCUGCCCGAUAAAAAACAAUCACAAACGUCGUGACUGCUGGUGCAGUGGAAGUUUUUUCUUUGUGGUUUGCCAAAUCCCAUCGCAAUGGACAUAUCCACCAAACCCGUAUUUUCGUUCUCCCUCAACUACAAAGUGUUCGAAAAGCUGGUGACCUGCGGGAAGUACGACGGGAUCCAUUCCUGUUUGACCAUGGUCACUACGGCGGACAAGAUUCUAAUCCACACGCCCCACAAACGCUACGGGCUGCAAAACUCGAAGCUCUCGAUUUCGGAAAUCAAAAAUGACAUCGCACUGCUUAACAUGAACUUUCCGAUACGGGCGAUCGUGGCCGGGCGGCUGAAGAAGGACGACGAACGCGACGUGCUGGUGAUUGGAAGUCCUUCGCAUGUGCUAGCGUACCAUGUGGAUGAAAAUUGUAAUAUGUUUCAGAGAGAUUUCCACGAGGGCGUAUUGUCUGCCGUGAUCGGUGGCUACGCAAACCAACCGGGCAAUACGCUGAUCGUUGGCGGCAAUGCGGUCGUCCGAGGCUACAAUCAGGAGGGCACCGAAGUGCUGUGGCUGAUAACGUCUGGCAGCGUGGUUUCACUGCUGCUAAUCGAUAUCGAUAAGGACGGUCAAAAUGAGCUCAUCACCGGCACGGAUGAUGGAUGCAUACGGAUCUACAAGAAGGAAGCGCUGCUGCACGAGUUUACCGAGGGCAACGAGAUACAGAAUCUGGUCGCCCUGCGCACCGGCCAGUUUAUGUACAGCGUCAAGAACGGCACGAUCGGUGUGUUCGAGGAGAACGUGCGAAUGUGGCGCAUCAAGUCGAAGGCCCGCGCCACAGCGAUGGCCACGUACGACAUUCUGGGAUGCGAGGCGAAGCAAAUGAUCGUCGGCUGGAAGAGUGGCAAGAUCGAUGUACGUGAUCCCCGCACCGGGGACGUUUGGUUCCGGAUGAAGAUGAACGAUUUCGUGUGCGGGAUAGCUUGCAACGACUAUCGGGGGAUCGGGCUGCUGGAUCUUGUCGUCGUGACGGCGGAUGGAGAAAUAAGGGGAUACACGACGCCAAGCGUCAACAUGCUAACGCUGCACAACGUUGCCGAUGAGGAAAUGAACGCUCUGCUGACUCAGAAGCAGAAACUGCUGCUCGAGCUGAAGCACUACGAAAACAACAUCAAGUACAACAAGGAAAUCCUGAGCAACACGAGCGAAAGCAAUCUGGUGCAGAGUGUGCCGGACAACGUCGGCAUCAUACCGUCCAACACGCGGCUACAGAUCGGCAUUUCCACCAGCUACGAUAGCAACGAUAUGAACAUCGACAUCACCGUGUCGACCAACAACUCGACCACGAUCCGUGCCGUGUUGAUCUUUGCCGAUCAGCUGUUCAAGGAGGAAACGCUGAUCGCGCACCUGACGAAGGACGUUUCGCGCAUACUGAUACCGCUCAAGACGCUCAAGGACAAUGCGCAGGACAUCCACAUCAAAGCGUUCGUCGGCUACCCGAGCAGCGUGCAGUUUCACGUGUUUGAGCUGACCCGUCAGCUGCCCAAGUUUGCGAUGUACACCAUACCGCACAAUCUGACCGGGUCACCGAAAAGUGUGUCCUACAUCAACACACUCCCGACGAAGGAUGGCCCGGGGGGAUGUUACGUCGAGUUUCGCAUCUCGGAGCGUCUGAAGCGCAUAUGUAUCUGGGUCAAUCAGAACUUCCUGCUACCGUCCGACAUCGAGUACAUGACAUCAGACGCUGACGCGACCGAGCUGAAGCUGAACCUGAUCAGCCUGCGGACGGCCAAAUGCGUAUGCCUACACUUCAGCUACGAUGGCAAGACGCGCUUCUACACGGAGGACAUCGGUCUGGCCGGUGUCCUCGUGCAGUCGUUGGUGCAGUUUCUCAAUAUAGACAACAUGAACUCCCAGGCCUGCUUUCCGGUGGUAAGCGAAGAAGUGAAGGAACUGUUUCAAAAACUGCAAGGCCUUCAAGAGACCGAGAAGCAGAUCAGCUCGGAGAUCGUGGAGCACAUCAAUCAGAUCAAAAGUCAUCUGAUACGGGCCGAAGAUGCUCGGUACUACAACGGCGAAGACGUCAUAAAGUAUCACAAUGAAAUGAUGGCCACAAACGAGGAUCUCGUGAAGAGCUAUAAAAUCCGGCUGGUCAACACGAGCGAAAUACAGCUGGCACUGAAGCGCAUCCACGGUAUCCUGUACAAUGCGUCGCGACUGCGAGCCGGAACAUUUGCUUCGUCCAUGAUCGGCAGGUUCAAGGAGGCACUCAAGACUAACAACAUUGAUGCGGUGCUUAAAAUCAUCGAGAUGGGAGAGAUGUAAGCCGAGCUCAGGCCAACAUCAUCAUCACCAGAGGCCUAAUGGAGGCGAUUUGUCCGCUCGACGUCGUAAGUUCUUUUCUGUAGAUCAGAGCAUCGGUAGAGAGUUGACAGUUUUGUAAUAUUUGUUUUGCAUCCAUUCGUUCGUACGAAUAAAUUGAUUGACGAUCAAGAUCACUUGAUCACACGAA